UAAUGCUUUUCUCCCUGUUUAAUGUUGUAGUUUUUCCCCUAUGGAGAUGCUUCCAAGUUUGCCCAGCAUGCUUUCAGAACCUUUGAUAAGAAUGGCGAUGGCACCAUUGACUUCAGAGAGUUCAUCUGCGCACUCUCCAUCACUUCGAGGGGCAGCUUUGAGCAGAAAUUAAACUGGGCCUUCAAUAUGUACGACUUAGAUGGAGAUGGGAAAAUCACCCGGGUGGAGAUGCUGGAAAUUAUAGAGGCCAUUUAUAAAAUGGUGGGCACCGUAAUAAUGAUGAAAAUGAAUGAAGAUGGUCUGACACCAGAGCAACGAGUAGACAAGAUCUUCAGCAAAAUGGAUAAGAACAACGAUGACCAGAUCACGUUGGAUGAAUUCAAAGAAGCCGCCAAGAGCGACCCUUCCAUCGUAUUACUCCUGCAAUGUGACAUUCAGAAAUGAGCUUGUAUAAAAUGCUUUUCAUGGACUGCACAGAAGUUUAAAUGUUCCAUUCAGUUUGCAGCUAUCUAUACAACACACA